UGGAGAGUGGUUGGGUCGGGAAGAGCACGUGUCCCAAGCACAGAUCUUCAUAAAGUACGUCUUAUAAUAACUAUCUAUCUAUCAACAGAAACGAUUAAUAACUAACAAAAGGUUUCUGGUCGAGAUGGAAGGAGACGAGAGGAGCGGUAACAAGAGAGGAAGAGAUGAUGAGAAGGUUAUUGGAAGACUUGAAAAACGGCCAAGUGUUGUUGAGGAAUACAGUUACACUUAUAGUGGUGAUGAGAUGAUUAAUGGAGUCAAAUAUGAAGAAGAAAAGGACACUCCUACGAAAGGUACGGGUAUGGUUACUGGUACUGGUAGUGUAUCUGUUACCAGUACGGGUACGGAUGAUACUGUUACUAGUACGGGUACGAGUAUAUGUACUGGCACUGGUACUGGGUUGUUCGAUCAACUCAUUACCAAUCUGGUUAGUAGUCCCAGACCCGAUAAUCAAUCGGAGAAAGGAGAGGUGGCGAAGAAGGGAGAAGUGGUGGAGGACGGUGGUUGUGAGGAUGGGAAAGAUUGUGGUGGGAGUGAGAGCGUCAUCGAUAACAUUGUGGCCCAGUUGCCUAGAACUCUCUCAGAGGAUACAGGACCGGCGACGGACGAGGCUUCGAUUCUGAUACACUCCAUCAUUCAUGACUAGAUUAGAAUUAGAAUUUUGAUUUUGUAUGCUGACUUUUUUUUAAUAAUGGUGUUGACCUGUUGUUUAUAA